ACAACGUCACGCGGGAUGCGUGAGUUCUCGCGGUAUUACAGGAUGUACAUCAGCUCUCCGCUGGAACUUGUGGUUUAUUAUGUUCGUUUGCUCCAGAAAAUGACAGAGGCCGAACUGUACACGGUUCAUAAAGGUGUGUACGUGCCGACGCAUUUACACCCUCCUGAAAGCCUGAAAUACUGUGAGGAGUUUACUUUCCGUCCAGAUGACAUCCUCAUCGUCACUUAUCCCAAAUCCGGCACCACAUGGAUGCAGGAGGUCGUGCCCUUGAUAGUGAGCGAGGGCGACCUGACGCCGGCGCUGACGGUGCCGAACUGGGACCGAGUGCCGUGGCUGGAGGAACACCGGGCGAUGCUGCUCAGUUUACACCAGAGACCGUCUCCUCGCAUCUUCGCCACUCACUUCCAUCACGCAAUGAUGAACGAGUCUUACUUCAAGAUAAAGCCCAGGGUCCUGUACGUCAUGAGGAACCCCAAAGACGUGUUCACGUCCUCGUAUCACUACUAUGGGAUGGCCUCAUACCUGGUGAAGCCGGGAACCCAAGACCAGUUCAUGGACAAGUUCCUCCAUGGAGACAUCAUGUUUGGUUCCUGGUUUGAUCAUGUGAAAGGUUGGCUUAAUGCGGAUGACCAGGAGACCAUACUGUACGUUUUCUAUGAGGAGAUGAUCGCUGAUUUGAAAGGAUCCGUGGAGAAAAUCGCUCAGUUUCUUGGGAAAUCUCUGAGUCCGGACGUGACGGAGAAGAUCGCCGAACACUGCGUUUUCAAGAACAUGAAGCAAAACAAAAUGUCCAACCUUUCUUUGGUUCCAGAGGAAUUCUUGAACCAGAAGAAGUCAGAAUUCCUGAGGAAAGGAAUCGCAGGCGACUGGAAGAAUCAUUUCAACGAGGCUCAAGAGCAGCGAUUUGAUGCUGUGUACAACGACAAAAUGAAAGACGUGAAAUUCAAGUUUCCGUGGGACUGAACAAAUGCAUCGGUUUAAUCUCACCUGCUUGACAGGCCUUUCAGACAUUUUUCAGAUCAUUGUUUUUUAAAUAAAAGACAAUUAAAAAUUAACAAUAAUUAUUGUUAUUUGUUUGACAUUUCCAGUUUAUUUGAUUUUUGUGAUUAAAAAUAUGCGUUUUAAUUUAUUGCAUAAUGUAUGAAAUAAAUUCAUAAAUUCAUUUCUCAA